AUGACUCAGCUUCAUUCUUCAACUUCGACUACUUCAACCUACGUUAUUCCGCAUCAUGGAGUUUUUAAGAACUCAGAACAAAAUCCUAAAUUGAGAGUUGUAUUCAACGCCUCGGCCCGCAGUUCAAAUGGAUUUUCUCUCAAUGACAAGCUAUUAACGGGCAAGAAACUACAAAAUGAUGUUUCUGAAAUCUUGACCCGCUUUCGCCUUCACCCUUUUGUUAUCUCAUCAGACAUCUGUAAGAUGUAUCGUCAGAUAUUGAUCCAUCCUGAAGAUAGGAUUUUCCAAACCAUUCUUUGGAGAGAAAACCAAAACUCACCGCUUGCUACUUAUGCAUCGAAUACUGUCACCUAUGGGGUUAGUUCAUCACCAUUUCUGGCCAUUAGAACGCUACAUCAACUUGUAGCUGAUGAAGGUGCCGAUUUCCCACUCGCUAGCAAGGCUAUUUUGAAUGACAUGUUCGUUGAUGAUUGUCUCACUGGUAGCGAUUCCCUAGAUGAAGCUUUCAAACUCAAAUCUGAAUUGAUUGAGCUCUUAAAGCGUGGUGGUUUUGAACUAAGUAAAUGGGCCAGUAAUUCUCGUGAACUUUUAGAGGAUAUUGUAAGCAAGUCUCAAGAUAUUUUAUUCUCUGAAGAUAAGGACCACAAUCAGUUCAUUAAGGUACUUGGUUUAAAGUGGAACCAAAACACCGAUGAGUUUACUUAUGAAGUUCCUAUUCAGAAAACUUUACCAACCAAACGAGGAAUUUUGUCUAUGAUUUCCCGUAUUUUUGACCCUUUGGGCUUAGUCACCCCUGUCGUACUCUGGGCCAAGUGUAUGAUGCAACAAAUAUGGUUUCUUGGUUUGGAUUGGGAUGAGAUUCUUCCCGAUGAUUUAUUCACUCAGUCAAAAAACUUCUUUCAUGACUUGCCGCUUCUAAGUAAAUUACGAAUUCCAAGGAACGUUUUGCCUCAAAAUUCUACUGGUGCGCAACUCCAUGGAUUUUCGGACGCUUCGGAAUUUGGUUAUGGAUGUUCGGUUUAUCUCAGAGUUGUCACCUCUGAUGGCUCUGUUAUGACCAAUCUGCUAAUGGCGAAGUCAAAAGUUGCUCCCCUCAAGAAAAUAAGUAUUCCUAAACUCGAACUUUGUGGUGCACUUCUGCUAAGUAAAGCAAUGUCAUUUUGCAAAAUUAUUAUUUCAUGCAAGUAUGAAAAUAUUCCCCUCUACGCUUGGACCGAUUCAAUGGUGGUCUUACACUGGAUUCAUACCUCUCCGCAUCUCCUAAAAACUUUUGUUGCUAACCGCAUAGCUGAACUUCAACACCUCAUUGAACCGUCCUGCUGGUCGCACACUCCGACUACAAGUAAUCCCGCUGAUGUAGCUUCUCGAGGCCUGCUCCCUCAUCAACUACUAGACUGCUCGCUUUGGUGGUAUGGUCCUACCUGGCUUAGCGAAGACCAACAAUCUUGGCCACCCAUUACCCUGGUGCAGAAAACUAACAUCCCUGAGGAGGGUUUAAAUGAAUUUCGCCCCGCCUCAAAAAUAGUUACUGCUUCAGUUGGCAUCCCUCAACCAACGCCAUUGUACUCAACUUUGGAAGACUUUUCUAAUCUAACUAAACUCCAAAAUUGUUUUGGUUGGAUUUUGAGAUUUAUUCGUAACUGCCGCAAGGUAGAACCUUUAACUAAAACAAAGUACCUGACAGCGACUGAACGGAAUACUUCUCUUGGUACUUUAGUGAAGCUUACUCAGCAAAAAUUCUUCCAAGAACACUUCGAUUGUAUUCUGAAACAGAAGACUUGUACUCCUGCAGUGCAACGACUGGACCCCUUCAUCGAUUCAUCUGGUAUUCUACGUGUCGGCGGACGUCUAGAGAAAGCCCAGCUUCCUUACAACGCAAAACAUCCUAUGCUUUUGCCGAAGAAUUCACAUCUAACUUAUCUGCUUAUUGAUCAUUACCAUUUGAAUUAUUUACAUGUCGGCCCUAGAACUCUACAAUCACUGCUAUGCAGACAAUUUUGGAUAAUAUCUGCCCGCACUGUCAUUCGACAUAGAUUAGCCAAAUGUGUUACUUGCGCAAGAUGUAAAGGUAAAACUCCACAACCUUUUAUGGGUAACUUACCUGAAGAGAGAAUAGUUUCCACUCGACCUUUUCUUAAAGUCGGUGUUGAUUUUGGCGGUCCUUAUUCGACCAAGUCUGAUAAGUUGAGGAAGCCACAACUUCUUAAAAGUUACAUUUGUCUGUUCGUUUGUAUGGCAACCAAGGCUGUGCACUUGGAAAUGGUGUCAUCCCUUUCUACUGAAGCAUUUCUUGCCGCUUUCAAGCGAUUCAUUUUUCGAAGAGGUUUAUGUAGUGACAUUUUCUCUGACCAAGGAACAAAUUUUGUUGGAGCGAAUCGAGAACUUACGGAGCUGUAUCAAUUCUUCUCUCAACAAUUUGAUUCAAUUCUUCCCAAACUAUCAAAUCAAGGAAUCACAUGGCAUUUUAUACCCCCUUCCUCACCUCAUUUUGGCGGAUUAUGGGAAUCUGGCAUUAAAUCAACAAAACACCACAUAAAACGAGUUCUAGGCAGUCAAAUUUUAAACUUUGAAGAAUUCUCCACACUUUUGACUCAGAUUGAGGCUAUUCUCAACUCACGACCCCUCUGUAGUCUAUCGUCUGACCCUAAUGAGUUCGAACCGCUGACUCCUGGUCACUUUUUAAUUGGCCAACCCUUAGUUGCUUUACCACAAGCAGACUUCACUUCAACACCUAUGAAUCGACUGUCACGGUGGCAACUAAUUCAACAAACUCUACAGCACUUCUGGAAUCGUUGGAAUCUAGAAUACUUACACCAACUACAACAACGACAAAAAUGGUUCGUCCAAAAUCCUAACCUGAAGAUUGGCGAACUAGUUUUAAUAAAGGAUUCAAACUUGCCACCUGCAUCAUGGUUAACUGCCAGAAUUAUUGAAACUCAUCCUGGCGAAGACGAGGGUCUAGAACACAUUGAGCAUGCAUAUGUUCAGCAACUAGCGACUGGUUCUGGAUUCUAUAUCUGGCCAGAUCUGGUUUUAAGAGUUAAUCUGGCCAGAUGGAGAGCUCGGCCAACCAUCCUCCAGGAUAUUUUGUACCUACUUGGAGCGGCUGGCCCGAAGAUCCGGUGGAAUUUCCGCGCCCCAGAAUGGGAUAUUAUAGAGAAGGCCACCUGCAUACAACAGCCCACAGGCAGCGUAGAUUGCGGAGUGUACGUCUGCUUGUACACAGAGCAAAUCGCAACCGGGACGUCAGUGACGGAUCUGGGAGCGUUGGAUGGCGUUGCAUUGCGGAAGAGAAUGGCAUCAGCUCUGCGGAGAUCGGAGCUAAUUGGAGAUGAGGAGCAACUUCUAAUCAAGGAUUGA